AUGCACAAAGGACACCUUCAUGCAGAAUCUGUUGCAGAAAAGCCCACCACCGUUGCUCUCAGAUCCCCGGAGCAGCAGAAGAGAUUCAGCCCAUGCUGUUUACUGAGUCCGCCUCCACCCCCACUGUUUCCUCCACCCCCUUCACUUUGGCACCGCCAUGCUCAUAAUGAAGACAUUUCAUAUAAUGGUGGUGACUCAGAGCCGGGCCAUGAGGACAAAGGUUCUGCCUGUGUCCGAGGCCCCCGCGGGCCUGCUGGUCCCUAUGGUCCCUCUGGUCCUCAGGGUCCACCUGGAUUACCUGGGAUAGAAGGGCCCAAGGGAGAAAAGGGAGAAAUCGGAAGACCUGGGCAAAAGGGUCGAACAGGUAUUCUUGGACUUCCUGGGAAACAGGGACCAGCUGGAUGGCCUGGACCAAGUGGGCCCAAAGGUGAGAAAGGUGACCCGGGGCUGAUGGGUUUGCCUGGAGCCAGAGGACCAAUUGGGCCAAGGGGUUUACCCGGGUAUAAAGGGGAAAAGGGUUCUCGAGGGGAUCGCGGUGAAAGUGGAGUGAAAGGCGACAAGGGUGCGAUGGGUUUCCCAGGAAUGCUUGGACAGAAAGGAGAAUUGGGUCCAAAAGGAGAACCUGGGAUCUCAGGAAACAGAGGACCCACUGGCCGACCAGGGAAGAGAGGCAAGCAGGGAGGUAAAGGAGACACAGGUAGUGUUGGUCCUAUGGGACCUGCAGGCCCACAGGGAACUCCAGGCCACCCUGGUCCUCCUGGUUCUCCUGCCACAGGACUAUACAUGGUUGGAACAAAGGGUGUACGUGGUCCACCAGGGCCUCCUGGAAAGUGUAGCUGUGGCUCUCUCAGUAAUUCUCCAUUUGAUGAAUAUCCUUCCAGAGGAAACUAUCCCAAAGUGCCAGCGAUAUUCAUUGUAAGCAAUGAGGAAGAACUGGAGCGCCUUCACACAGAAAAUGCUCUCGCAUUCCGCAAAGACCAGAGAUCUCUCUAUUUCAAAGACAUCGAUGGCUGGCUGCCAAUCCAGGCUUUUCCAUUCCAGUCGACUCCGUUCCAGUCCAUGGAAAACGCACCUGAUGAUGAGGGUUACUGUGGCGACGGGAUUGUGCAGAUUUCCACUGGGGAGGAGUGUGACGACAGAAACAAAGUCGUCACUGACGGCUGCGUCAAGUGUAAACACGCCUACUGUGGAGACGGGUACCGCUAUGAGGGGUCUGAGGAGUGUGAUGGAAAGGACUUUGGAUACCAGACAUGUAAUUCAUAUCUUCCAGGGUCAUAUGGUCACCUCAAGUGCACACCAUACUGUGUUAUUGACUCCACAAACUGCAAGUACUUCACUUGAGGAGGAAGCUGGACAGUGCAGCGGGAUCCUCUGUGUGUUAUUUGGAAUAUUUUCAUGCAAAAAAAAGAACAAUAAUGUUCCAAGCAAGAGACUCUGAAGGUAAAGGCAGACAAUGAUUCUAUGAUGAAAGAAAAAAGCUAAACAUAUAUAUACUAUAUAAAACUCCUCUGUAUUGUUGCUGGAGUUGUAGUCCGUCAGUGAAGGUGAACACUUUCACCCACACAGGAAAUGCACAGGACAAUUGCACUCAGUCUUAACAAGCAGGACUUAAGACUGGCUUCCUCACCAUGAAUCAGCCUCUGGAUGCCACAGUUGUGUGACAGCCUUGCAGAGACUUAAUUAAGUGCCAGUGGGAGAUGUUGCAGAGGAGCACUAGCCGGGCCAGAGGCGUAUUAAUCUUGACCCAGAUACUGUUGAGAAAGAUAGGCAGGUAUUCUAAUGCAGCAGCAAUAACAGCAUUUGCAUGAGGCUGGGAUUACUGAGACCAUGACAGCAGCUGUCACUAUCCAAGCAUGUAACCCGUCACCUUACUUAUUAUUGCCACAACAAGGCUGGUACUGCGUCGUCUCAAUACCACAUCAAGAAUUUCAUUUAGUAGUCGUAAAAGCUCAAUAUGUGUGGUUAGGAAUGGAGAUAGAGGUGCAUGGAUUAUGCACUUGUAUUAUUUCAGUGCGACUGUUACACCACAAGACCGACUUGGCCGAAUCAGCUUGUGGUGGUACUGUGCUUGACAGGCACAUUCAGUCUGGACAAGGUUUCAUUAAUCCCCAAAACUUCUCAGGAACCAACAGGUAAUGUAGCUCCACACAGCACGUUUCCCAGGCACUACUCAAAUGACAUGGCAGUGACUGUACGCUGAAGCACACAGAUAACUAGAGUUUCCUCCCUGUGAUUCUGUGAGAAAUGAAAUAUACUGUAUAUGAAGGCUUGAAACUGUUAUGUUCUUAAUUUUAUCACUGCACAGGAAAGGGUGGGAUAGUCUGCACCUGCAGGGGGAGGAAUUUCAAUUCCAGUCCGUUAGGCCAUCAUUACUGCAUUUACUCUAAUACCUCUUUAUUCAGUCUUUCUGUCUUACAGUACAUACAACAACAGAGAAACUCGACAGUAAACUUAACAGUGUGGAUGUAGUCUGCUGUGUGUUUGGCACUAAUGGUGAAAAUGACUUUGCCGAUAUAAGCUGACCUUUUCCAUAAGCUACUGUAUGAGUCGCUGUGCCAAGGGAGACCUGUUCUCAGCCAUGUUAGAUGUUGUCAGGUGUUAUAAAGCGAUUCUUCUGUAAAAAGAAAGAUAAAGACUGUUAACUAUAUUAUCUCCGCAUGCUUGAGAUACAGUGCUAAUGGGUGUGAAACACUUCUGCUUUGUUUUGUAAACCAUGGCAUCUUAAGAAAUAUCAUCUUGCUCUGCCCAGAGUGAAGCAAAGUACUGUAUGUAUAACAGCGCUCAUAUGAUAGUGAUGAACUGUGCAUUGCACAAAGCUGACAUGCCUUUUGACAUGUUUUGUCUGUGGCCUGUGCUGCUGUGUUAUAUCCUGGCCUGUGUAUGCACAACUAUGCUAAAACAUAACACGCAUGUGGUAACGUACUGUGAGGCUUUAUGAAAUAGAGUAUGCACUGUGACGGAUCGUGGAAAUUCAUUUUGUUUCAUUGCUCUGAUAUGAUUUAUACAGUCGUUGUGGAUACUUUUAAAAAUAAAUAAAACGGGAAUCUAAAUCCCUCAAACAUGUCAGUCUGCCUUACACACAUGAAUCUUUAAACUCAAUUCAGGGUUUUUUUCCCAGCAACUCUGCUUCCUGUA